GGCGAGGAAAAACAAGUCCGUUCCUGCGAUCAAUGCAGGAACUUAUUUUUUUUUCAAUAAUACAGCGAAGUGUGGGCAUUUCGAGAUGUGAACAGAAAAACAUACAAACGAAGUUCAAGAAAUGUGAAAAAUGUGCAUCUGGGAGAGAAACAUCGAAGCGGAAGAAGCAGAAGGAGCGAAGCCAAAGCAGUUUUCAUCUGCAAAAAUCGCCAUUCGUUAUUUGAGCUCCGGAGUCACUUUUGUAACGAGACGUCAUAAAUUCGACAAUCACGAAUCGAUCGGAGAGCACAAGGAAGGAAGCUCAUCAAGAAUGAAGGAAAAAUCUGCAUUAGCUUAUCGGAUGAUUCUGAAGUCGAGCGGGGUAUCAGCCGUCGCUCGAGUUUUUUUUUCCGGCGGCUCCACCGAAAAGGAAGCAGCUCCUCGGCGUGGCGAAUCGUCCCGAAAGCGCUAAUAUACACAUGUGUAAAAAGAAUGAUACACAGAAAAAGAGGGUAGCCAUGGGUCAUCGUCCAUCCGAUAUACGAUCGAAUAAAAGCCGAAAUGGUAUUGCAAAUUCGUGAGCUAUCAAAGAGGCAAUUCAUCGUGAAACGGAGCAGCGGGGCAAAAGUGCUCGGAAAAAAGUUGCUACCGAACUGACGCCUGUUCACCCUUCUUAUAGUGCAGCAGAUAUAAAAAGAUAAAAGAAAGGUUAUGAGCUUUGGCUCGGACGGGAAAGACGACGGAGUCAAGAAAAUUUCGUCGUCGUAGUUUUUCCCGUGACUCUUGUUCUGCAACCCGGAAACUCCGGUCAACACGGGACACAUCAGAGGAGAACAAAAACAGCUCAUCAUCUUCCGACAUACUCCGGUGAAAUUUUUUAACGAAAAAUCUUCGUGCUGUAACUGUUCUCCACCAAGAAUAAUUGAGCAGCACCCGAGGGAAAAUAAUACAGAAAUUUAUUACGUUCUUAUGAAAGGAUACGGGAACUUCGUAUUGAAAUAAAAGAAACAAGGCCGAGGAUGAGGU